CAGCUGGUCUGGGAGGCGCGUCCUCGGGAUUCCGGAUUUCUAUCCAAGUUCUGCCCACUUCGCUUUUAAGGAAGUAUCGAGUUAACGCUUUCUUUGCAUUUGCAGCAAUCUUCCGUUAUCUUGCAUUGUUCCGCGCAAUGUGUGAAUCUGGACCGUUGAAGAAUCGCGCUCUUUAAAAACUCUAGGUUUCUUCGUGCCCCCAAAUAUUCUAACCAAGGAAGGGGAAAGGAGAGCGCAGGAGAUAAAAUUAUACUCAGUGGUGCGUUAAAAGAAAGCCAAGUGAAGUCUCCAAAUUUGUCACUCUACACUUUUUCCUAUCUCUAGAUUCUUUGCUCUCUCGCGCUCCCUAUGUCUCUCUUUCUCUCUCUCUCUCUCUCUGCCCGUCUUUUCAGGCUGGCGGCGAGCGAGGGUGGCUGCGAAGAUGUUGUCGGUGCUACCCAAAGUGGAGAAGCUGUCGGCGCGGGUGAUCCGCGUCCUGGGCUGUAACCCCGGGCCUAUGACGCUCCAGGGGACCAACACCUACUUGGUGGGAACCGGGCCCAGAAGGAUCCUAAUAGAUACCGGAGAGCCAUCCAUCCCUGAAUAUAUAAGCUGUUUGAAACAAACACUCCAUGAAUUCAACGUAUCCAUCCAGGAAAUUGUAGUAACUCAUUGGCACCAUGAUCACACAGGAGGCAUAUCCGAUAUUUGUGAAAAGAUUCCAGCCAGUUAUGAAUAUUGCAUAAGAAAGCUUCCACGUAACCCACAUCAAGAAGAAAUAAUAAAAGGAAAGCAGAAGUAUGUGUAUUUAAGAGAUGGAGAUGUUUUAAAUACAGAGGGAGCUACUCUCAGUGUAUUAUAUACCCCAGGGCAUACGGAUGACCAUAUGGCUUUACAUUUGCUAGAAGAAAAUGCAAUAUUUUCUGGUGAUUGUAUUUUAGGAGAAGGAACAACUGUGUUUGAAGACCUUUAUGACUACAUGAAGUCAUUGGAAAAACUUCUGGGAAUGAAAGCUGAUUUAAUAUACCCAGGACAUGGACCAGUAAUAAAAGAAGCAAGAGCUAAAAUUCAAGAAUAUAUUUUACAUAGAAAUGCACGUGAGCAGCAAAUCCUACACAUCCUGGAUGAGAAUGCUGGGAAAUCUCUCACAGUAGAGGAACUUGUGAAAAUUGUUUACAAGGACACACCUGUCCAUUUGCAUAAAGCUGCAGAAAUUAAUCUCCAACAUCACUUGGGGAAGCUAAAAAAGGAAGGGAAAGUUGUAUAUGAAAAUUCUUCUAACCUAAAGUGGAAAAGUGUUUUAUAAAUAUGGCAUAUGCUGUAUGCCAUAAGAAAACGUGCUGUUCUAUUUUCUGAACUAAAAGCACUAACAUUUUUAUGUCAAAAUUGCAUAUAAAUCACAUACAGAAAUGGAUCUGUAUUUUGUUAUUAAUCUGAUUAAGUAAUAACUUGUCAGAGAGCGAUUGGAAGAAUAAUUCAGGGUGGAACAAGUGGAUUAUUCACCGUAUUUCAAAGCAAAAUAUUCGAAAUUUCCUUUGGAUACUUGAAUACUUUUAUAAAGAAUUUGGUUCAAGGAAUGUUAUUAUUAGUUAAAUUUACAGUUGCAAGAAAAAGUAUGUGAACCCCUUGGGAUCACGUGGAGUUUUGCAUGAAUUGGUCAUAAAAUGUGCUCUGAACUUCAUCUAAGUCACAACAAUAGAAAAACACAGUCUGCUUAAAAUAAUACUACACAAACAUUAGAUGUUGCCAUGGUUUAAUUGAACAUAACAUGUAAACAUUCACAGUGCAGAGAGGAAAAAGUAUGUGAACCUUUGGACUUAAUAACUGGUUGACCCUCCUUUGGCAGCAAUAACCUCAACCAAACGUUUCCUGUAGUUGCAGAUCAGACCUCCACAACGAUCUGGAGUAAUUUCGGACCACUCCACAAAACUGUUUCAGUGUAGCAAUAUUCUUGGGAUGUCUGGUGUGAAUCGCUCUCUUAAGGUCAUGCCACAGCAUUUCAAUCGGGUUGAGGUCAGGACUCUGACUGGGCCACUCCAGAAGGCGUAUUCUGUGCUGUUGAAGCCAUUUUUUGUUGAAUUACUUGUAUGCUUUGGGUCAUUGUCCUGUUGCAUCACCCAUCCUCUGCGGAGCUUCAGUUGGCGGACAGAUGGUCAUACGUUUUCCUGCAAAAUGUCUUGAUAAACUCUGGAAUUCAUUUUCCCAUCAAUGACAACAAUCCGUCCAGGCCCUGAGGCAGCAAAGCAGCCCCAAACCAUGAUGCUCCCUCCACCAUGUUUUACAGCGGGGAUGAGGUUUUGAUGUUGGUGUGCUGUGCCUUUUUUUCUCCAAACAUAGUGUUGUGUGUUCUUCCCAAACAACUCAAUUUUGGUUUCAUCUGUCCACAGUAUAUUUUGCCAGUAGUGCUGUGGAACAUCCAGGUGCUCUUUUGCAAACUUCAAACGUGCUGCAAUAUUUUUUUUGGACAGCAAUGGCUUCCUCCGUGGCGUCCUCCCAUGUACUCCAUUCUUGUUUAAUAUUUUCCUUAUUGUAGAUGUUCAACAAAAAUGUUAGCAUGUGCCAGAGAUUUCUGUAGGUCUUUAGCUGACACUCUACAAUUCUUCUUUACCUCAUGAAGCAUUCUGCGCUGUGCUCUUGCAGUCAUUUUUACAGGACGACCACGCCUAGGGAGAGUAGCAACAGUGCUAAACUUUCUCCAUUUGUAGACAGUCUGUCUUACCGUGGACACAUAAACAUCAAGGCUUUUGGAGAUACUUUUGUAACCCUUUCCAGCUUCAUGCAAGUCAACAAUUCUUGAUCGUAGGUCUUCUGAGAGCUCUUUUCUGCGAGGCAUGGUUCACAUCAGACAGUGCUUCUUGAAACCAGUAAACCCAAAACAGGUGUGUGUUUUUAAAGGGCAGGACAGCUGUCAGCAACACAUCGAAUAUCAUCACACUGAUUGGAGUCAAGGUUGGCUCACUCCUGGCUCCAAUUAGCUUUUGGAGAAGUCAUUAGGCUAGGGGCUCACAUACUUUUUCCUCCCUGCACUGUGAAUGUUUACAUGUUGUCCAAUUAAACCAUGGCAACAUCUAAUGUUUGUGUAGUAUUAUUUUAAGCAGACUGUGUCUUUCUAUUGUUGUGACUUAGAUAAAGUUCAGAGCACAUUUUAUGACCAAUUCAUGCAAAACUCCACGUAAUCCCAAGGGGUUCACAUACUUUUUCUUGCAACUGUAUAUGCUACCUGAUUCUCAGCAAUAUGAAGGUUUAAGCUUGUUUCUUUAUUUAAACAUUGUAAUUUCAUUGCCAUUAUGUUAUUUGUAUAAUAAAUAUAAUAACUAAAUAA